AUGAAACGACGCAUUACCUAUAUUCAGCACCCUGAUGCGCCCUUUGAUGCCCAACAAGCUGCUUUAACCUCGAACUCUCUCACAAUCCACAAUCUUGAGGCCGCCCGUGAGGAUCGCCUUAGCUUUGAUCUCGACGACCUCCCCAAUGAGCUUCGGAAUGUUCUCCAACAAUCACAAGAUCUUCGUCUGCGCUGGGCUACCGAACGACCAUUCGAUGCUAUCGAGCCCUUUGCUAGCAGGGUUUCGCCCGGCUUGCAUGUCCAAUAUACCCCUCUAGAUCCGACCCAAUCAUCGGAGGCAUUAUGCUCUUUACUCCGCACGGCAUUUGAGGCGGACGAGAGUGGGCUUAAUGGGGUGAAUUGCACAACCCCUGAAGAGACCUUUAUCACACCCCCACCACAGGCCGCCCACGCUGGUGCAGCAGCAUCUCUCCAAUACCAUACCGAGCUACCCUCUUUGAAAUCCUUCGUCGACUAUAUUGAGCAAGUUUUCUGCGAUUGGCUUAAAGAUAGGAGUAAUGAAUGCUCCGGCACUGCCAAAUCGCUCCUCGCCGCAGAUACAGUUGACCUCGACUAUGAUAGCAGCUCAAACACUCUAGUCUUGUCAGGGCUUUGGAGCACCGCACCCGAGGGUGGGUGGUCACAGGAGAUAAAAACCCCUUCAUCCAAAAGCGAUAAAGUCGAGUUUGGCUUGCUCGGUGCGGACAGAGGAAUCAGUGCCGAUGAAAUCAAGAUUGGCGGAUUAUUAGCUGUCGUGGGAGAAGAUAAGAAACUAAAGCCUACUAUGUUCUCAUUCCCAUCAAGGCACCACGCUCUUCCCCAGUCCGCCAAAUAUUCGGUCUCAUUUGCACAGCCCACUGGCCUUCAUCCAACAAUGUCUAUAACCAUCCCCCAUUCUUCUCUCCACAGACCAUCGGCGCCGGAUGAUACCACCUGCUCUCUACACACUUAUCUGAUCCUCCCAUCAUCGGUGUUUGGAGACCAGUAUCAGCUUGGGACAACUGACGCCAUAUUCUUACAGUCUCACAACUUAGCAGGCCUCCGCGCUCAUUCGGGUGAAACAGACCUCGAGGCACCAGACUGGGCUGUGAAUCGCUGGGGAUCAACAUGGCUGUUCGAAUUAGCUACACCUGCCGAAAAUGAAUUCACAACUGAACGAUCCGACUGGACCGCUACUGUCCCUCUUCAUCUGCGAUACCUUAAACCUUCGGAGUCAGGAUACCGUCCUGCGCAUGUCCCGUGGCCAGUCGUUUUUUGGGCAUGCAGUGCUGAAGAUCGUGAAGUUGGCAUGGGAAUGAAUCCCUUUGAUCGCACGAAUCUCGGAUAUGAUAAACUCUUCGGGCCUCGUACGUUCUUUUAUCAACUGCAUCCCGAGACGGAUCGCUUAGUCGAGACGGUGGAUAUUCCGGUAUUUCAUUUGAAAGAAGGCGAAGGAUAUUUUCAGACCCGCAAUAUUGAGCUGGGAACAACUAUUGUUAUCUCACUUGGCUUCUUUUGGAUUCUCUGGCGACUUUUGCGAGUGGCUUGGUCGUCUGGUGUAGGAGUAAAUACCACCCACAAGACCGAUGCACGCCACAAGAAGGAAUGA